AUGUGUUUGGAUAAAAAUGUUGAAGCUGAAAAUAAGUUAUUGAUGUGUUUGAAUUUCAUUUGUGCUAAUUCAGAUUUCAAUUCAAUUCUUCGCAAUGCAAUUUUCGAGCUAAUUUUUCUUUUUGAAGUUGAGGUGAACACUACGUGGCACGCCACCUCACUACCCAACUCAUUUACCCCUCUCUUUCCCUUCUUCCAUUCCUCUCUCCAACAACUUAAUUCAUCAACAAACUCACCAUUUUUUCUCCUUCCCUUUCUUCGAUCCAUGUCUAUUUCCACCAAAAUUCCACACCCUCUCUUCACUUCACCAUCCCUUAAUUCCACCCCCCAAUCAUCAUCUCUUCAAGAAAUCAUCAAACUCUUUCAAGCAGUUGAACAACCAAAAGCUAAAUAUCAACAACUUUUGUUUUAUGGCAACAACUUAAAACCACUUGAUGCUCGCUACAAGACUAAUGAAAACAAGGUUCAGGGUUGUGUUUCACAGGUUUGGGUUAGGGCGAAUUUUGAUUCGGAGAAAAAUGUAAUCUUUGAGGCUGAUUCUGAUUCGGUACUCACUAAAGGUCUUGCUGCUUUGUUAGUUCAAGGACUUUCUGGAAGACCCGUAGAAGAGAUCAUAAAAGUUUACCCUGAUUUUGCUGUCCUUUUAGGGUUGCAACAAAGCUUAACACCUUCCAGGAAUAAUGGGUUUCUAAAUAUGUUGAAGUUAAUGCAGAAAAAAGCGUUGCAGUUGUAUGUCGAAGAUGAGAAAAAUGCUUCUGGUUUAAGCCCUCAGAGCGAAUUAUCAAAUGAUGCCUCGACUGAGCGAAUUAAUGUUAAUGGAAAUGUCGAGUCUGGAAACAUUCCUAAAGUUAGCGGAAACAAUAUAAACGUUGGUACUGUUGAUGAUGGUGUUUUGAGGAGUAGAGGGAUGAGAAUAAAGGAGAAAUUAGAGAAGGAACUUAGGCCGGUUGAAUUAGAAGUUGAAGAUAUAUCGUAUCAGCACACGGGGCAUGCUGGGGUGAGAGGUAGCGAUGGACAGACGCAUUUUAAUUUAAACGUGGUUUCAGAGGAAUUUGAAGGUAAGAGUUUGGUGAAGAGGCAUAGGAUGAUUUAUGGUUUAAUGCAAGAUGAGUUGCAGAAUGGAUUACACGCAUUGUCAAUUGUAGCGAAGACACCGUCCGAAGUUGGUAGUAGUUGAAUUGUUGGCGUCAACAGAGGUCUGGUUCUUUCUGUCCUGUAAUUUAUUGACAUUUAUAUCUCAUACUAGCUAGUAGCAUGACCCCCUGAGAAGUCGGUAGCUAUGGAUUAUGAUGAAGAGUCUUGAUUGUUUGUUUUGUUACAUUAAUCUUAAUAAGAUAGUUAUGGAAGAAUUGAAUACUAAGGUUUUUUUUUUUUUCCUCCCAAGAAACAGAUUAAUACACAGCUUCAAUUGUCUAUCUACUGCAGUAAUUUGGUUGCUUCAAUCUUAUCAAUUUUCUCAAUGACACACUUAGACUUGUGUUUGGACCUGCUAACCAACUUCAAGAAUGAUAAAACUAGGUAUUUGGGACGUCUCCGGACUUCCUAACGUUGCCGUCAACCGCCACGUCCCGGUUCAGGAAUUUUAACCCGAUUCCCUUUUGUUUAAAUUAUUACC